AUGAAAUUCAUGACUAGUUUAAACGGUGAAAUCAAGGAUCUGAUCACUAAGAGCUUGGCUGACCCAAGCAAGGGUCAGUCGGCAAGGAAGACUCCUCUAGAGAAGAGGAAGCCAGUCAAAGAUAGGCAUCCAACUCCGCAUCUAAAGGAGAAGGCAUCCGGGACCAUUGACUGGUCCAAGAUUCUUCUGCCUAAGAGUAAUACCAAAAAUACCCGCCGGAGUGAACAACCGGUAGGAAACAAAAAAUACACUCUUGAUGCCCGGGAGAUUAUCACCCGCAAGAGGAAUCAACAGUUCUCUGAGUCAGCUUCCACUUCAAGCUUCCCAGACAGCUUUAAGAAUAUAUCUGCAGGGAAUGUGCAAUCCUUGCAUCAGAGACAUACAGACGGUAAUACCGUCCAUUCAGGGCCUCAGAUGAUUGGGAAUGCACCGUUGUACUUCUCACGCGUCGGUGUCGGCUCCCCUUCAAAGGAGUACUUCAUGGUUAUUGACACAGGCAGUGACGUCAGCUGGCUCCAAUGUCAACCUUGCUCCGACUGCUACCAGCAAAGCGACCCAAUCUACACCCCUUCAUCCUCCUCUACUUACUCCCCUCUCACGUGCAGCACACGUGAGUGUUCCACCCUCGAGGUCAGCGCGUACCGCAACAGCGCGUGUCUCUACCAGGUUUCCUACGACGACGGGUCCUACACCGUCGGUGAAUUCGUCACCGAAACGGUGUCGUUUGGCACCUCAGGGAAAAUCCCAAAGGUAGCAAUAGGAUGCGGUCACGACAACGAAGGACUCUUCGUAGGUGCUGCCGGGCUUCUCGGGCUUGGUGGUGGCCCGCUCUCAUUACCCUCACAAAUCAAGGCUACCUCGUUCUCCUACUGCUUAGUCGACCGUGACUCCCCCAAAAGCUCUUCACUCAAGUUCAACUCCGCGAAACCAGCGGACUGCGUAACCGCGCCACUGAUCAAGAACAAUAAACUGAACACCUUCUACUACGUGGGACUCAGUGGGUUCAGCGUAGGUGGUCAGCAGAUCUCCGUCCCACCAACAUUAUUCGAUGUAGACGAGUCGGGUUCGGGCGGGGUUAUCGUUGAUUCAGGCAUAGCCAUAACUCGGCUACCAACUCAAGCCUACAAUUCGCUUCGAACCGCAUUCACUCGGCUAACGCCGCACCUAAAGUCAACAACGGGAGUAACACUGUUUGAUACUUGUUACGAUUUCUCGUCAAUGAGUAGCAUGGGUGGAAUGGUGGUGGACUGGUGGUCCAAGGAGAAAGACUAAGAAAAAAAAUUAUUA